AUGGCGAAACAAGAACAAAUCAACAACAACAUUCCACUGGAUUUUGAUUUUGAUGAUUCCAAGAAACAAGGAACACGAAAACUAACCUACGCGCCUGAAAUUCCUGCGCCACAGCCAGUUAUCGAAGCACAUAAAGAAUUUAUGAUGUCACCAGCACCUCUACAUUUAGAAUGCACGUUAGACAAAGAGAUGUACUAUCAUGGUGAAAGCAUCAAUGUUAAUGUUGUUGUGACGAAUAAUUCAAAUAAAACUUUACGAAAGAUUCGUAUUGCAGUGAAACAAUUUGCUGAAAUAUGUUUAUUUACAAAUGCACAUUACAAAUGUACAGUUGCUGACUUAGAAAGCGAUGAAGGAUUUCCAGUUACACCAUGUUCAACAUUAACGAAAGUUUAUUCAUUGACACCACUGUUGGCGAAUAAUAAAGAUAAAAGAGGUUUAGCCUUGGAUGGCAAAUUAAAACAUGAAGAUACGAAUUUAGCGUCGUCGACUAUAAUGGGAAAUAAUACUCAGAAGGAAAAUCUCGGUAUUGUUGUUCAAUACAAAGUCAAAGUGAAAAUUGUUGUUUCAAUGGGAGGAGAUUUAUCUGUUGAAUUGCCAUUUACGCUGACUCAUCCCAAACCGCCUCCGACACCCUCACCAUCCCGACUAUUGGAUCAACAAUGUAGGGAUGGCAAUCAAGCUAACGAUAUUCCUAUUGAUCAUAAUUUGAUUCAACUUGAUGCAAAUUUUGAUGGAAAUGGUCAUGAUGAUGAUUUUAUUUUUGAAGAAUUUGCUCGAAUACGUCUUAAAGGUCAUGAAGAUCCGGAUGAAACUGAAACUUAA